AUGCCUGUGAGCGAAAUAAGUAGAUUAACAAGAACUACAGCGAGAGGAUUUCUGUCAAGAAACCCUGAACCUAAAUUCAAGUACAUUGAAGAUCCUGCAGAUGUUGUUUCUUUGACGUACAGGAAUCAAUUUAGUCAAUACAACAUGAAAUAUCAUGAAUAUAAUCUCACGGUUUCGCCGAUCUUCGGUUGUUUCAGAGAUCAAAGAGUGUCUUUCCAUUUCGACUGGGACACACUGAAAGUUACCGUCGAUAAUGACUUGGCUUACGUCAUGGUUUUGCGUAUAGGGACUUCCCCGGAAAAAUUCGUCAGAUUUUGUCUUAAUUUUCUCUAUUCAAGCGAUGCGGAGAAUAUUUUGAGGUAAGGUGAUAAUUAAUGCUUUUGUCUCAUGCCUUUUGCAUAAUUUUUGUCCGACUCUCUACUUUGGUGAUUAUUAAAAUGCAAUAUUUACGUUUGAGAAGCGGUUUAGUUUAAUAUUGAGGCCGGACAGAUUUUAAGCAAAUGCUAUCCACAUUUAUCGGUAACAGCGCUUCGACUUAGCACCCGUGUAAAAUCAAAAUAUCAGACUGUUUUUAAUUUUGAGGGUUCGAAGUUCAUUUCUAAAGCAAAUAUCAUAUCGUUUCAGCGAACAUGAUAUGUCGAUAUUUAUGUUAUAACUGUAACAAUAUUUUCCUCUUUAAAGAAAUUAAAAUGGUGAGAUAUUUUUUUUACAAUAUAGGUUAAACAUUUAACAAUUAUUCCUCGAGCCCGAAUGGGCCGAAUGGGCUAUUGAUUCAGGGGCCAUGAGGGAGAGAGGAAUAACUGUUUUUAUAGUAAAAUCCAACUAGUUGGUCAAAAAUACGGAGACUAAACAACUUUAGCCGGUUAAAGCUCGACUUCAAUCCUUUUUUUGCCGCCAAAAAGCCGGAACUUUUCGCUACUAGUGGGCUAUAACAUAACAUAUAACCUAGCUCAACCAUUCAGAACGCAACAUUGAUAACUUUCCAUUACUUGGAUUUUACUAAAUGCAAGAGAGAAUGUCUUGCUAAAGGUCAAUAUGCACGUGCUGAUGAGACAGACAGACUGACGUAUUCCUGUUUUGUUGGUCUUAACCCCUGGAAUACAAAAUUUUUAGAGAGAAAAAACCGCAUUUUUUAACCGAGUUUUCCAUUUUGCACCUAUUUUGCACCAAUUAGCUUAGAAACGGGGAAAAAAGAUGCUUUAACUAUUUUUGCGAAUUUCCCUAUUAAUUGGAUGUACACUGUAAUUGGACUUCAUGUUUGUUUUUGCGAGUGCGCAUAAUAAAAAUUGGACGUCUAUUUUUGGCGAAUCUUUUCCAUCCUUUUCCUUUUUUCUACAUCUAGUAUUUUUCCCACUUUAUCGUUUUUCUUACUCAUGGAAUUUCGGCUGGCUUACUCACCAGGCCCCAUGCUAUACACUGGAUAAAUCUCUAUCCACUGAAUAAUACAAUUGGUUUCCCUGAUGCUUAUCUACUGGGUAGUGAUUUAUCCCAUGGAAAGUGCUAUCCUUGUUUUGAUCAACCGGGUCUAGGAAAGAAGGAAUUUUUAUCAGAAAAGAAAAGUACGUGAGUAGUGAAAAACGAAGUGGAUUUUUCUCGAAAAUGUUAGCAGGUUCUUUGUGUGUAACUAUGAGGAUUGGUCAGAAUUUCCAAAAUGAGGUAUCAGUUUGCAAAUAUCUAUCCUUCCUGAAUUCAUUACCUGAAAACUUAAUCACUUAAUCAUUCAUAAUCUGCAUCGUUCCAAAUAUAUAAUGAUCAGAUCCGUAGCCAAGAGGUUAAGGAGAGGAAGAAUAUUGUGCAGUAAAAAUAAAAAGACGAGACACCUAGAUCUCGAUUCGAUGAUUGCUCUCGCCCGGCCAAAGUAUUUCAAGUGUCACGCGUCGCGCGUUGCCAACUGGGAGUGUAUCUUGAGUCACGGGUACUAAAUAGAUCAUCGGGUACCCGCAACAUUGUUAACGAUAAUCAGCCAAUUUGGUCAAAAUGGCCUCCGGAAUUAAACUUUUUUUAAAACGUAAAUGUCUUUUUUUUGGCUUGUCAUACAAUAAAUCAUUGUUUAAAUUAUAUCUGUUUCAUCCAGGCAAUAUAUAUGGCUGGUCAUGAUUAGCUAUCCGUAUUCAAUAGUCUCUGAAGGGUAUUUCCUUACUACCCCACCCCUCUUUUUUCUUUCAGGUCCCCGCACAGUUUGAUUUUUGUAGUUGAUAUUUACAGUUGAACCUCUCUACAACGGCCAUCUUGGGGACAGAAGAAAGUGGCCAUUGUAGAGAGGUUGAAACAAGAAAGAAUGAAACGGACUGUCCGUCAAAAAAAAUGGCCGUUGUGGAGGGGUGGCCGUUAGUGGAGAUUCGACCGUAUUUAGUAUACUUCAUAACAGUUUUAAGCAUUGUAACCAAUUAUUUCCCCCAUGUAAAUAGAUAAUGGAUAUAAAUAUAUUUCGUGGGAAAAUUGCAAUUUUAAGAUUAAGAUCUUUACCACCUUGCUGACUAGCAACACUCAACCCGUGAUCUGCAACAAAAAUCACAAUAGUUUACUGUUUGUAACAGACUUAUAUGGGCCAUAGAGUGAUUUCUGUCUCGCAUGGAUGUAUCCAACUUCUUGACACUUUUCAAAUCUCAAUAUGUUUUACAUGUUGGUGUUCUAAAAAGCCUCAUCAUUGCAAGUGUGUUUUUUUUUGAGCAGUGAACAUCAGAUGAACAGCGAUGAGGUUCAGGUUAAGACAAUUGAGGAAACCACUCACGAUACUCCUGCCUCCUUGGUCGUGCAGUGCCUAAGGUCAGCGGUUCUCAACAUAGCAAGCCUUCCUGGGAAUCAAAUCCAGUCUCUACCAAUACAGUUUCAGGAACAAUUGGCGCCAGAAUCGUUCAUUGAAGUGACAUUCAACCUUUGGCCAAGACACGUACGAGGGGAACGCAUCAUUCUUGCUGUGAAAAACGACAUGAUAAUCAGCGAGGUCUUACUGCUACUGAGACAGAAACUGAAGCUUGCAAGUCAUCUAAGAGUUUGCUUGUUUAGGAACUGUCUCCCAGCAGAAGAUGAUGACAUUCUUGAAACCGAAGGCGUUGUCUAUGAUUGUGUUUUCAGUACAUGGCACCGGGUACCAACCAGUGAAACAGUAGAGUCUAAGCAAGUCUUCCCUACGGCGUCUAAUAAAGAUGUAAGUAUCUUGUUGGGUUCUUUGAUUAGAUUUCUUUCGAGGCCCUGACCGACCAGUGACUUGCGCCCGGGCAGGGUUACUUCCUUAGGCAUAAAAUAAUAACGAUCAUAAAAUAAGUAAAAUACGAUGAAAUUAAAUGGAAUGAAAUCAAAUGAAAUCAAAUAAAUAAGACCAAGAGCAAGGAAGAAAGGUGGGCUUUGUUAAAGGUUGAGAGAUUUUCCUUUUCAUGUCUUACAUUAAUGAAAAUUUCACGCGUUUCUUUUUCCAGGUCAUCGUUGCAUCAUUAGUUGGAAGUCAAAUCAAGGAAGUCUGCAUUAACUUGUCUCUUCCCCUCAAAUUCUUGGACAAACAGCUCCGCCAAACAUUUCGACUUAAACCGUGGAGCUUUUUGGUGAUGUUCCUUCCACGCGCCAACCAGAGGAUAUUUUACGCUGGGAGAGUAAUUCACACUUCAUUUGAGGAAGAAUAUGCCAAAUUUCUCAUAUCAAACGGGAAGAGGAAUUUUCCCAAACCAGACAAAGGCAUUGAAACUUUGUCAAUAAAUGGGAUGUACAAAGAGUGUUCUGUUUUUAAGAAAUCUCUUCGUUGUUUAGGCUUUUACCCUGGAACCCUCGUCGAAGUUUUCGAAAUCACAGGACCUAGUAUUCCCGUCAUGUAUUCUGGCGCAGUAACUAAGGCUCAAGUGAUUGACGUGAAUCCUGAUUGGUCAUUGCAGACGUUUAUAUAUUAUGUUAGAGUAAACACGCCACAGGCUUCUAGCGUUGAAUCAAUUGAUUACGUGAACGACUGCAGUAAAGGAAAAGUGAGCGAUGUAUUGGAUAUGAUGAAGAACCUAUGGAAUCGACCUGAUGAUGGCAGCCGGCUUGAAUAUCUCAGGUUACGAAGUUAA